CAUUACACGCGCAUACACACAAACACACGCACACACGUGAAAGUGUAUAACCAAUAUAUAUUGAUACACACUCACAGAUUUAUAACCUACAUACAUGUUUCCGUAUUCGGUAUUUCGCCAUUUGAAGAAAGAUGAGUGAUCAACGGUCCCCUGAGUCGAUCAACAGGAGCAAACGUCCCGCAACGGAUGACCUUGACACACACAAACAACCUAAACAAACACGUUUAGAUAUUACCGACGCAGGAAUGGAAAAAACCCAUAUCAACGCUCCUGUCGAUACCAAGAUACUACAUUCGAACUUAUUAGUUGGUACGAGCACAACAGCGUCAGGAGCCGAUACCUUAGACACAGUUAUAGUAACGAGGAAAGCGGUACAACCAGCGCAACCGGGAGGACCUAUCAGAUGUAAACGUCAAAGACAGGCAAAAGGAGCGCUUGCAAGUCACGUACAGCGGCGAUCUGAACGUAUGCGCGAACUCAAUGAGCGGCUCAUACACGUGUUUGAUGAGCCUGUGUUGACGGAGAGUGAAAAGGCACAGGUACAGGCGGAUGUGGAGAAGGAGAAGGAGCGUGCAUCUCGCGAUGCUGCCGCCCAGAUAGCGCGGAUGGAGGAGCGUCUUAUUUCGGCACGUGAGAAAAAAGCGAGUUUAAUCCGGGAGCUGGAUGAAGUGACGGCGCGGAAAGCAAAAUGGGAAAGGCAACGCGACGAAGCGGUGAAGAGUACGGCCCAGAUAGUGAGCAAAUGUUCGCGGGUACAGAACGACAACGAAAGCAUGCAGCGAGAAGUGCGGGAGAUGGAAAUCUGCCACUUACAGACCAAGAUUGAUACUUUUGAAGACAUAGAGAAUAUCAAGCUCGCUUCUCGCCAAAAGAAAAGUGACGAACACCAGGAGAAGGUGUAUAAAUUUGCUCUCCAAGAACACGCGCAGCUGCAAGAGUCAGCGUACGAGCCCGAACUCGAGGCGGCGCGGAGCCUGAAGGCUCAGAAAUUGGAGGAGUUACAGUCACUCAAACAAAAAUACGAGGACCUGGAUCGGAAGGACGCUGAGAUAAACGGCCGGUGGGAUUCCGUGAAUGAGAAGAAGCGGGGGAUGUCAGCGGAUAUCGAGAGGCUGAGCCAACUGAAGGCAAAGAUAGCCGCUGCGAUGGACCUGUAUGGCGAUCGGUUGAGUGCCAGGUUUAGAGCCAGCGAGGAUCUCAGAGACGCGUGUGCCACAGUGUUUGAUAACAACAUGAGGAUCCGAAAGGAGCUCAAUGCGACACGCUACGAAACUCGGAUGCUACGGUUACGACAGCCGCUUAAUGAGCGGAAGCCGUUGUUGAAGCUUAAGUGGACGCGUAAACAUACGCUGAAACUGACCGAUAAUUUGCCUGGUAUUUUGAGCCAGUUGAAAGAACUCAACUGGAGAAAGAAGAAAUAGAUUUCGAACUGAUUUGGAAACUGACCUGAUAUUAAGGUUUGUUCUGUCUGUGAAUACCAGCAUAAUGUUGAACUGGAAUCGACUGGUUAAUACCAACAUGCUGCUGUACUGGAAUUGACUGGUAUCCACGGAUAUAUACUGAUCAAGUAAACACCAAAUUAUCAGGAAUAAAUUUCAAUUGUUAGGACUACAACUAAAUUAAUGGGAAUAGAACCUCAAUUAAUAGGAUUAUAACCAAAUUGAUCGAAUUACAACCAAAUUGAUCGAACUACAACCAAAAUAGUAGGAUUGCAACUAAAAUCAUUCAGGAAAUUCAGAGAUAGAGGGGGUCACUCCAUAUACACCGUGUGCGCUUGUGGGCUUGCGCGUCACCGAAGUCAGUAUAGAUUCCAUCUCGUACAGUCGGACGCACUUAUGCACAAGACAACAGUCACAUCUCUCGCUGUACCGGACAUGGAAGAUAUCAAGCUCACUUCCCGCCUACAGAAAAGUGACGAACACCAAGAGAAGGUGUACAAAUUUUUCUCUCCAGGAACACGCACAGCUGCAAGAGUCAGCGUACGAGCCUGAACUCGAGCCGGCGCGGAGCCCAGCGUCCUUCCGGUCCAAUUCCUCG